AUGUUGCUGAGGCUGCUGCUGCUGCUGCCCGCGCUGUGGGGAGGAGCCCUGGCUAAGGGUUCAAGCUACCGGCUGGUACUACAGGAGUCUGUGACAGUGCAGGAGAGUCUGUGUGUCUCUGUGCCAUGCAAGUUUUACUACUCCAGGAUGUUCCAUAAAUACCUGCACAAGCAUUGGUUCAAGCAAGUAGGAAAUGAAAAGCUUGGUAUUCUGGUGGCCACAGACAAUCCAGAAGAGAAGCUACAAGAGAGGACUCAGGGCCGGUUCUUGAUUCCCAUGGACUCCAAGUCCGAAGACUGCUCCCUGACCAUCAGAGAUGUCAACAUGAGGGAUAGUACCAGAAAUGGAAAAAUGAAGGACCCUGGGGUUGGGGUGGGGACAGCCAUGACAAAACCCUGGGGCAGGCUGACAUGCCGAGGGGUCCUCAUCACCUCUCUCUUCACUCCAGCCCUGACCGACAAACCUGACAUCCAGAUCCCAGGGCCCCUGGAGUCCGGCCGCCCCAAGAAACUGAACUGCUAUGUGCCCUGGGCCUGUGAGGAGGGCACGCCCCCCAUCUUCUCCUGGACAUCAGCUGCUUACACCUCCCUGGGCCCCAGGUCUCAUCAUUUCUCCUCUGUGCUCACUCUCACCCCACGGCCCCAGGACCAUGGCACCAACCUCACCUGUCAGGUGCAUUUUCCUGCCACUGGUGUGAGUGUGGAGAAGACCAUCCGGCUCAAUGUGGUCUGUGAGUUCUGGGAGUCCACCAGGAAGGGAACCCCCUCUCCUGGUUCCAUGGCUGCUGGGGAAAGGCCCAGUGCCCACCAUGGGUGUCCUUCUGUCCCAGAUGCUCCACAGAACAUGGCCAUCAGCGUCCUUCAAGGAAACAGCACAGCCCUCAAGAUUCUGCAAACCACAUCCCUUUCCAUCCUGGAGGGAGAGGCCCUGAGGCUGCGCUGUGAGGCUGACAGCAACCCCCCUGCUGAGCUGAGUUGGUUCCGGGGGUCCCCAGGCCUGAAAGCCACCCCCCUCUCCAGCACCGCGAUCCUGGAGCUGCCUCGCGUGGGGCCUGCACAGGAAGGACAGUUCACCUGCCUAGCUCAGCACCGGCUGCGCUCCCACAGCGUCUCUCUCAGCCUCUCCGUGGUCUACCCCCCGCAGCUGCUGGGACCCUCCUGCUCCUGGGAGGACCAGGGCCUGCACUGCAGCUGCUCCUCCAGGGCCCAGCCGGCCCCCUCCCUGCGCUGGCGGCUGGGGGCGGGGCUGCUGGAGGGGAACCAUGGCAACGCCUCCCAUGUGGUCACCUCCACCUCAGAGGGGCCCUGGACCAACAGCUCCCUGAGCCUCCGAGCAGGGCUCAGUGAGGGACUCAGACUCAGCUGCGAGGCCCGGAAUGUGCACGGGACCCGGAGCACCGCUGUCCUGCUGCUGCCAGACCCCCCGCUGCUGCUGGGACCCUCCUGCUCCUGGGAGGACCAAGAUCUGUUCUGCAGCUGCUCCUCCAGGGCCCAGCCGGCCCCCUCCCUGCGCUGGCGGCUGGGGGCGGGGCUGCUGGAGGGGAACCACAGCAAUGCCUCCCACGCGGUCACCUCCAGCUCAGAGGGGCCCUGGACCAACAGCUCCCUGAGCCUCCGCCAGGGGCUCAGCUCUGACCUCAGACUCAGCUGCGAGGCCAGGAAUGUCCUAGGGGCCCAGAGCGCCUCUGUCCUGCGGCUGCCAGGUAAACCGGAAUCCAGGGCCGGUGGAAUCCUGGCAGUGGUUGGGGGAGCUGGCAUCAUGGCCCUGGCCCUGCUUUCUCUCUGCUUUUGUCUCACCUUCAGAGUGAAGACCUGCAGGGAAAAAGCAGCCCAGCUGAUGCAGAGCAUGGACAAGGAUGUGCACCCAGGCGCCGGCUCCGGGGUGAGUAAUGGGACCCCUGCAGCUCCCCCAACGGCUCCCUCAGCCCCUGAUGGUGCUGGCUCCCCCGCCAAAGGGGAGCCGGAGCUCCACUAUGCUUUCGUCAGGUUUCACAACCGGAAGCCUCAGGGAAAUGAAGAUGCCAACACCGUGUACUCAGAGAUCAAGACACACAAGUGA